AUGGCUCGCGCAAAGUCUGCGAGGUACUACAAACAAUGCCAAAUACGGUGGCAUGCGCUCGCCACAAUCUCAAGUUCCAACACAGACGCACUGGAUGCGACUCCGCAGCCGCUGUUGCGCUACCGUAAUUCAGCCUUUUUUGCGGGACCCUUACCCUUGGCUGUGGGAAUCGACGCUGCAUCCUCGUACGAUACCAAGGAGACAUUGGAAAUGUCGGGCUUGCUUCUCUGCUACAUGUUCCAUCCGUACCGAGAUAUGGUGCAGGUCAAAUACGCGAAUAUCAGCCAGCGAGAAACGGCAAUGAUGAGUUCAGCUUUGCUGGUAUAUGCGCUGUUUACUUCAACAGUAUUUUACCUGAUUGCGCUCCUGAGGGCAAUCUCUGAUCAAAAACUGCGCGUAAUACCGACUGUAGGCGGGUCGUCUCUGCCUAUAUUGUACCACUACUCUAUCGUUCGGAAUAUAUCACGGAUUGCUUCCAUCAGUCGAGAAGGAUACAACAAGUACCGCGGCAGACUGUUCAAAUACGCAGAGCCAGCGGGCUGGCGCAUCAUAGUAACCAAUCCUCAACACAUCGAGGAAAUUGCAAGGGCGCCUGAUGACGUUCUCUCCUUUGCCGAGUCCGCCAAUGACGUCGUUCAGUCCAUUCUCAUGCACAAUGCGCUCAUACGAGGCCAGCUCACACGCAAUAUCAAUCGCUUCUUCCCGGAGAUGCACGAUGAGCUGGUCACCGCAGUGAGCGAAGAGAUAUGUGUUGAGGAUAGCUGCAAGAAUGCGGAUUACUGCGACCUCAACGAAAGGUUCACUAUGGACGUAGUCAAGGGCGCAUUGGUUCUCAAACUCUUCCCUGCGAUUCUUAGACCCUUCAUAGCACGCUUCUGCACCAACGUACCUACAAACAUCGACGAGGGUAUAGUCCACUUUGGUCCCGCUAUACUCGAGCGUUUGGGCAAGCACGGCCCACCACGCUGCUUCGUCAUUGAUGAGAUUGCCAGUCCUGGUCGGAUCUUCGCGGAAGUGGAGAUGAAGGCGAUUUUAGCCCAUGUUGUGGUGACAUAUGAUGUGAAGAUGAAGGAGGACGGCGCACUACCGUCUUCUAGGUGGAUCUUCACGGCGCUGAUCCCUGACCAGAAGGCUAAGGUCUUGUUUCGGAGACGUCAAAGCUAG